CCGGCGGGGAGUCAGAAUUCGGCACCACACUCCCAAGUAUGUUGCGGGAGCUGCGCCAGCUGAAACGAACUUCCUCUCAGUCCCUCAAACAUGGCAGUCUCUACAAACUCCAGGGAUGUGAGUAUAGCUUGAUCUAACAAACGGAAAGCUGCUGUUUAGUCGAAGUUGACCUCGUUCACAACGUAGCCCGCGACGCUCUCUUUACACAGAGAUGAAGAUUUUCAUGGGAGUGAUUCUCGCGCUCGUGCUUCUGAGAGUAGAGGGGGGAAAGCCGAGCAUUGGUUACUGCGACCACAGCAGCUGCUUCACAGCUCACGCAGGCACGCUGGAUUUUAACUCUGCGCAGAAGUCCUGCGAGAGCAAACGGGGCUCUUUAAUGACCGUACGAACGCCGGAGGCAAACAGUCUCAUCUCAAACCUGCUAACUGGAUUUUCUGGGCACUUUUGGAUUGGUCUAAUACACAGGGGUGAAAGCUGCUCAGACCCGUCCCUUGAUCUCAAAGGAUACACGUGGAUUACAGGCGACGAACCCAGUCUAACUUUUUUCGAAAACUGGAAAAACAAAGACAGCGUCUGCUCUCAGCGUUGCGUGUCAAUAACUAAAGAUGACCCACAGUGGGCAGAAAGACAUUGUAAUGAUGCAACAGACGUUGAGGGGUAUUUGUGUGAGCACCAGAACACUAACAAAUGCACACAGCUCACAUCUGAAUCAUCAGUGUUGUAUGAAACUCCUUUUGGUUUUUCCAAACACGACCUAGGUGAAGUGCCCCAUAGCAGCAACGCAACACGCCUGGACCUGGGCACUAAAUACAUCUGUUUAGAGGGCGAGUGGCUUAAAGCACCUUGGAACUGUGAAGUGUAUAAGGGUGGUUGUGAACAUGAUUGCGACAAAAGGAAUAACUCGUACAUUUGCACCUGCCCACCUGGCUAUAAACUCGAAAGUAAUGCGGUCAGUUGUGGAAAGGCACAAGAUGACCCAUGUCACAAAGCAGGUUGCUCACAUAGCUGCUUAUCAAAGGGAAAAGAUUAUGCAUGUCUGUGUGGCAGUGGAUUUGCCCUUGAUGUGGAUGGAAAGACUUGCAAAGAUAUUAACGAGUGUGAUGAUGAUAGACUGUGUCCAGGAAAACAUUUCCAUUGUGUCAACAUGAUCGGUGGCUUUGAGUGUCGCUGUAUGAAUGGCUUUAAAAAAGAACUGGACAUCUGUAUAGAUGAUGAUGAAUGUGAGUCUGGACCCUGUGACCACUCCUGCAAUAACACCAUAGGAAGUUAUCAUUGUGAAUGUUGGGAGGGAUACAAAGUGUCAUCAGAGGAUAGACAUAUAUGUGCUCUUUACUGUCCACAGUGGGAGUGCCCAGCUGUGGACUGUGACCCUAACAACCCUUUUCAGUGUAACUGUCCACGUGGGUUUAUUCUAGAAGAGAGACCCACAGGUCUUAUUUGCACUGACAUUGAUGAAUGUGAAAUGUUGUAUUGCGACCAGCAUUGUAGAAAUAUUAUUGGAGGUUAUAUCUGUUCUUGUGAUGAAGGGUUUACGGUUUUUGGUAGUACAAAAUGUUUAAAAACAGACAUUGUUAACGGAUCAGGAACUUCAACAACAAUUGACCUGUUUACACCAAUAAGCCUUACCCCAACCGAGAUACCUUCAUCUAUGUCCACAGCAGGUCUUGCAGGAACAAUUGUUGUUUGUUCUGCUGUGGUAAUGUUUCUAAUGGCGUGUCUUGUCCUUCACCUGAUGAAAUGCUGCCGAACAAUUGAAAACUUAAUUUUAGCCAAAAGCUGCAAUGAAGAUGUACAUGAUUUGCAGCAAGUGACCACAGGGAAAUAAACCAAGAAACAACUAAGAUUUGAAAUCUGGAGGCACAUCAUUUGAUAUUAUUACUUAUUUGUAUUCCUACAAAAUAAUGUUGCAUUUUAUUUCAGGGAAAAAUAAAACUUUGAAACAAGGUUUUAAGCAUAAUGUAACAAAAUAAUGGAGCACAAAAAUAACAUAAUAUAACAAAAUAUUUACCAAAAUACUAAAGUGCAUGCAUGUAAACUUCAACUACAAACAAUACCCUUAAAGCAUCACAGUAAAUAAUAGACUGCUAUAAAAAAGAAUACUGCUAUUAUCACAAUUCAUUUUUUUAAAUCACUAGGUCCAUGGUAUAUAUGUGUCAUAUGGUCAAUACCAUAUGACACACCCGCAUAACAUAUAGUACUCUAUAAACUAAACUUAAAUUGUCGUUGAGCAAUUUUGCUACUUUAAUCUGUAGUUUUAUAUAGUGAUAUUCUCUAGUCCCAUGGAAAAAGACAGAUUAAAAGGCUUUUUAGCAUCAUGGUAUUCUAUAUUACAAAUUGUUAUUCAAGAAGAAUGAGUAGUAAUGCUUAGUAAUCAGUAAAUGUUAACAGUAACUUUAACAUCCAUUACAUUACUAGUGAAAAAGUUAAUAAUAAGAUUAGUUACCUUUUACAUUUAGAUUGAUUGCUAGCAAGGCUUACAUUACAGCCUAAACAGAUCAUAAAUCUUUUCAAAGUUUUAAAAUGUGACUGUUGUGGUUCUGAUGACUCUUUACGAUGAGUUCAAUUUUCAGCUUUGCUCAACACCUGGCCAUAAAAUGUUUAGAUGGAGAUCUGCAGAGGUUUACUUGCACCCACUAUGACACUUCAGCAAAGCUGGAAUUGGGCAGUAUAAUGACACUGACACAGACUAGUAUAAACCAGUGUAAACUUUCUUUUCCUUGUGUAUUUCCCUUUUUUGGAAUUUUUGGAGUAUGUUCCUGUAGUGAUUGUACAUGUAAGAUGAACAGAGUAUUGUUUAAUGUGGACAAAGUUUUGUGUGGUGUAGACACAGGACACACUGUUACAUAUGAAUGUUUAUGUGAAGUUUUCAUUUUAUUUGAAUAUAGUCCAGAAGUAUAAAAAACUCAGAUUACCAUGAUGAUGUAUGUAUAAUGCAAUCACAAACAAUAAACUUUGUAAGGAAAAAAUACAUAAUCCAACCUUAUAACAUCAGAGAUGUAGGCUUUUAAACUGCGGGUUGUAUUGCUAGCAUUGUAAGCCUGUUGGAAGCAUCAACUAUAAGCACAGUAUUUCAAAAUGCUGGGGGAGGUGGACUAUUCCACAAAAAUGUUUACUUAUUAUCAUGUUCCACUACGACCCUCAGAUUUUUGUAAAUAUUUUAAUAUAUAUUUCAACUUAUUAAAACGUCAGUCAUCAACCGCAGGAUAACAUCAAGAGACCUCUAAAAAAAUGGCAAUGGCAGCUGGAAAAUGGCAGAUGGAAAUAACAGUUCAGAACAAUCUCUUUUUAAGGCAGGACUCACUAACAAAGGACCUACUUCAGUGAGAAGCAAAGAAGAGCCAGACUGAAGUUUGCAAAACAUCAUAAAGAAUCAGACCAUAGAGAACUGAAGUAAAGUCAUGUUCUAUGAUGAGUUCAAUGUUCAGCUUUGCUCAACACCUGGCCAUAAAAUGUUUAGAUGGAGACCUGCAGAGGUGUACUUGCACCCACUAUGAUCGGUGAUGAUCUGGGGACACUUCAGCAAAGCUGGAAUUGGGCAGUUUGGUCUUUGCAAAAGAUGCAUAAAUCAAGCCCCAUACAAGUUUAUCCUGGAAGAAAACUUCCUUCCUUCUGCUCUUUCAAUGUUCCCCAACUCUGAGGACUGUUUUUCCAGCAGGACAAUGCUCAAUUCCACACAGCUACAUCAAUUAAGGUGUGAUUGAAGGACCACCAAAUCAAGACUGGGCUGGCCAUGACACUAUCUCCUGACCUGAACCCCAAUGAAAACCUCUGGAAUGAAAUCAAGAGGAAGAUAGAUGGUUAUAAGCCAACAAACAAAGAUGAAUUGCUUGAAUUUUUGUACCAGGAGUGGGAUAAGUUCACCCUAAAGCAAUGUAAAAUACUGGUGGAGAGCAUGUCGAGAGAAAUGAAAGCUGUGAUUAAAAAUAUUGCUUAUUCUACCUAAUUAAAAUUACUCUUCCUUAGAUAAAACUUUAGUAUUGUUGUUGUUUUUAAAUGAAUAUGAACUUGUUUUCUUUGCAUCUUUUUCGUUAAUUUGACCAAUUCUCAUUUUCUGCAAUUAAAUGCUCUAAAUUACAAUAUUUUUGUCAUUUAGGAGCAAUGUCAGUAGUUUUUAGAAUAA